CCUGCUUCCAAUGCCACUUUUAGGGGUUUAGCAGAAGAACGAUGAAAUUGAUUUUUCAUUCCAAAAAAUUGUUACCAUAUUCUAAUAUACAUUAAUAUAUACAGCUGCGAGGUGCAUAAUGUUCUGAUUUUUUUUCAAUUCUCAUGCAGUUGUUUCUGGGUCCUCACAUUUUUUGUUUCCGCCAUGGUGAUAAUAUGUCUACAGUGUGGUGACAAAGGAUUCUCUAACGCAUUUGUUUUUUGUGUAAAAUGUCUUGAAGUUGCUGUACAUCGCUACUGCCUUGAUAAAGUUCCCAGUACAUUUGAUGAAUUUGUCUAUUGGGUCUGUGAUGAUUGUGAGGUGAAGGUGCCAAAUGAACUCACUAUCAUGAAUUCUGUUGGCGUCUUACCUGAAAAUUGCACUAGUUCAAGACAUCUUAAAGCAAGUUCUGAAGCAAAACUUGAUAUUCCUCCAUCGAUUGCUGAGGUAGAUUUAACGGUGGUUCAAAAUAAGUCUCCCGAGGAAGAUGUUGAGAAACAUCCUAGAAUUGAUUUGGUAGAGCAUAGUCACUUAGAUAAGAAGUCUAAUCCUACGUCUCUGAUAGAUAAGAAAAACUGUAUUCAUGCUGUCGUGGAACAAGCACAACCUGUUCUUGAUCCUAUUUGGAGGGGUAGUUUUAACAUAUGGAACAAAGAGUAUAAGACAUUUGAUGGACUUGUUGCUCACCUAUCAGUCAAAGCAUGCCAAAAGGUUUUUGAAGAAGCGAAGUUAUUUUCACUUUUGCUUCACUUGGAAAUGCUUCCGAAAUCUGAUAUAUGGCCUAAGAGUUUCAAUACAUUAGAGCCUAGAGAUGAUAACAUUGCAUUGUAUUUCUUUCCUUCGGAUGCAAGAUACGAGCAGGAUUUUGAUCAUUUGAUUGAGGAAAUGAUUGGUGAAGAACUUGCUCUCCGAGCAGUUAUGACAAAUGCAGAGCUGUUGGUUUUCACAUCCACAGAACUUCCCCUGCAUAACUGGAGAUUCCAACACAAACACUACUUAUGGGGCGUUUUUAGAGCGAAGCAGGAAUCUAGUAGCUGUCAAAUGGUAUCGAACAGGGUUAAAUCUGUGAUACUUCAAACUCCUGGGAAUGUUUUGACUGCCGGAGAUCAUAUGAACCUUGUGAAACUCAAAACUUCGCGUGCUGAGAGUCCUAUUAGCACUUUAAGCAAUAACGUAAGCUUUGGGUCUGGCACUUCCUGAAGCAUCUGUCCUCUUCUUUUCAUGUUGAGCUUCGCAAAAUGAACUAGUUUCUGUACCAUUUGACUGACAUGAA